AUGGCGACCGAAAAUGCUGCCAGUACGGGUAGAAUUCCCACCAUGGCGACGCUCGCGGGCAAGUUGCCGGUGGAGGUGGAAGGCGAGAUUCGUGAGAUUGUGGACGAAUUUGGAAUUGAUGCCGUGAGCGCUCUGAUCAAGACCAUUAAGCGAGAAAUUGCAGAGGUAGCUGGUGAUGAUGCUGUUUCGGAUGACGAUUCCAGUGUCGGCUCUCAUAGCUCUCGCAGCAGCCAUUCCUCGGGCAGUGCCGACUACUUCUCCCGCCACAAUUCACGCCAGAUUCAACAAGCCAUGCUCGAAGCUUCCUUUGAUGCCAAUUUCGCUGUGAACCAAAUGGGUAUCAUCAAACACGUCAACAAGGCAGCUGUAGAACAAUUUGGUUACGAAUCCAAAGAAGAACUGAUGGGUCAGAAUAUCAACAUUAUCGUUGGUGGCGGGCAUGCCAAAUUUCACGAUGGCUACCUCCGGAAAUUCCGGGAAACCAAGAUCCGAAGUUUAAUUGGAUCAUUUCGUGAGGUAUCGGGACGACGAAAGGAUGGCUCCGAAUUCCCAUGCAUUAUCUUUAUUGAAGUCAUUCACAUGGAAAGCAAGUCCAACGCCGAGAAAAUCCUCUACUUUGCGUCCAUCCGUGAUAUCACCAAACAAAAGGAGGCGGAGCGACUCCGGGAACAGGCCAUACAGGAACAGAAAAUCAGGUCGGCCAUUCUAGAUACCGCGUUUGAUUCCAUGUUUGCCAUUGACUUGGAAGGAACAAUUCAAAUGGUCAACAAGGCCGCUGUGGAACGUUUUGGUUACAAUUCACCCUCUGAUUUGGUUGGACAAAAUGUAAAGUGCAUAGUUGGAGGUGCACAUGGCAAGUUUCACGAUGACUAUUUGAAACGCUACAAUUUAACUGGAGAAACUCGGCUCAUUGGGACUCUCAGGGAGCUCCCAGCAAAAAAGAAGGACGGCACAGAGUUUCCUGCUGUGAUUGGCAUCCAGAGAGUCGAGCGAGAUGACAAAAACAAUCCACUGAUGGUGGCCUUCAUUAGGGAUGUCUCUUUGCAGAAGAAGACUGAGGAAAACCAGAGAAUACGGUCUGCCAUUCUCGAUACUGCCUUUGAUCCCAUGUUUGCCAUUGAUCUAACCGGCACCAUCCAAAUGGUCAACAAGGCUGCUGUCGAACAAUUCGGCUAUGAUUCGCCCUCAGAUUUGGUUGGCCAGAAUGUGAAGUGUAUUGUUGGAGAAGCCCACAGCAAGUUCCACAACAUGUACUUGCAGAAGUACAAGGAGACUGGAGAAACCAGACUCAUUGGGACCUUAAGAGAGCUCCCAGCCAAGAAGAAGGACGGCACAGAGUUUCCUGCUCAACUUGGUAUUCAGAGAGUGGAGCGAGAUGACAAGAACAAUCCGCUGAUGGUGGCCUUCAUCAGGGACAUCAGUCUUCAGAAGAAGACUGAUGAAGAUCAGAGAAUCAGAGCUGCGAUCCUUGAUACUGCUUUCGAUUCCAUGUUCGCCAUCAAUCAGACUGGUACCAUCCAAAUGGUGAACAAGGCUGCAGUCGAACAAUUUGGCUAUGAUUCACCGUCAGAUUUGAUUGGCAAGAAUGUGAAAAUUAUUGUUGGAGAAGCCCACAGCAAGUUCCACGACAUGUACUUACAACGCUAUAAGGAGACUGGAGAAACAAGGCUCAUUGGGACCCUAAGAGAGCUCCCAGCCAAGAAGAAGGAUGGCACAGAGUUUCCUGCUCAACUUGGUAUACAGAGAGUUGAGCGAGAUGACAAGAACAAUCCACUGAUGGUGGCCUUCAUCAGGGACAUCAGUCUGCAGAAGAAAACUCUGGAAGAUCAGAGAAUCAGAGCUGCAAUCCUUGAUACUGCCUUUGAUUCUAUGCUCGCCAUUGAUCUUACUGGCACAAUUCAAAUGGUCAACAAGGCAGCUGUCACCACAUUUGGAUAUGACUCUCCCUCUGACUUGGUUGGCCAGAAUGUGAAGUGCAUUGUUGGAGGCCUUGACAACCAGUUUCAUGACAUGUAUUUGCAGCGCUACAAAGAUACUGGACAAGCCAGGCUGAUUGGGACUCUAAGGGAGCUCUCAGCCAAAAAGAAGGAUGGCAGUGAAUUUCCUGUAGUGCUUGGCAUCCAGAGAGUUGAACGUGAUGACAAAAGCAAUCCUCUGAUGGUUGCUUUCAUUAGUGACAUCACCCUGCAGAAGAAGACUCAAGAAGACCAGCGAAUCAGGUCUGCAAUUCUAGACGCAGCCUUUGAUUCCAUGUUUGCCAUUGACUUGCAAGGAACAAUUCAGUUGGUCAACAAGGUUGCUCUAGCCAAGUUUGGCUAUGACUUCCCCUCUGAUUUGGUUGGCCAGAAUGUCAAAUGCAUCGUAGGUGGUGACCAUGCCAAGUUCCAUGAUGAGUAUUUGAAUCGGUACAAGGAAACUGGUGAAACCCGGCUCAUAGGGACCCUGAGGGAACUUUCAGCCAGAAAGAAGGAUGGCAGUGAGUUCCCUGCUGUGAUUGGCAUCCAGAGAGUGGAACGAGAUGACAAAAACAAUCCACUGAUGGUGGCUUUCAUCAGGGAUAUCACGCUGCAGAAAAAGACUCAACAGGACCAGAAAGUGCGGUCGGCAAUUCUUGAUGCUGCUUUUGACUCUAUGUUUGCCAUUGACCUCGCUGGCAAGAUUGAGAUGGUCAAUAAAGCAGCGCUGAGCAUCUUUGGCUAUGAUACAGAGGAGGAAUUGGUUGGUCAAAACGUCAACUCUAUUGUAGGUGGUGGCCACAGCAAGCUCCAUGAUGAAUACUUGAGAAGAUACAAAGAGACAGGAGAAGCCAAGCUGAUUGGGACUCUCAGGGAGCUGUCUGCCAGGAGGAAGGAUGGAACUGAAUUCCCAGCUGUGGUGGGAAUACAAAGGGUUGAGAGGGAUGAUUCAGACAAUCCACUGAUGGUUGCCUUCAUACGCGACAUCACCAAACGCAAACUUGCAGAGAGCUUGCAAAAGAAGGCAAUACGAGACCAACAGAUACGAGCAGCAAUCUUGGACGCCUCAUUUGAUGCAAUGUUUGCCCUCAACACAUUUGGAAUCAUCCAGAUGGUGAACAAAGCUUCUGUUACGUCAUUUGGGUACGACAGUGUUGAUGAGCUGCUGGGUAAAAAUAUCAAGAUGAUUGUUGGAGGUGGCCAUGCGGAAUUUCAUGAUGACUACCUAGCAGCAUAUAGGGAAACUGGGGAAACUCACAUCAUUGGGUCUAUGCGUGAAGUGUAUGGCAGAAGGAAAGAUGGGUCUGAAUUCCCUCUUGUCUUGGGCAUUGAACGCAUUGAGACUGAGGACGAGGAGCCACUGUUAGUUGCUUUUGUCCGUGACAUGACCGACCAGAAAAAGGCAACUGAGUUGGAGAUCGAAAUUCGUGCUGCUGAGGAGCUACUGUGCAAUAUGCUUCCUGAAGAGAUUGCGUCGCGUCUCAAGAUAGACCCACAACACAUUGCCGAUCACCACGAGAAGGCUACAAUUCUCUUUGCUGACAUCGUUGGAUUCACUGCUAUGUCUGCCUCCAUGUCACCGGUGGAUCUCGUCAAGGUGCUGAAUGAUCUCUUUACGAGGUUUGACACGCUUGUUGACCGCUACGGCCUCAACAAGGUCAAGACAAUCGGAGACUGCUACAUGGUAACGUCCAUCCCCAGCUACCAUAACGACCCUGACCAUGCUGCUGCAGCGAUGUGCCACUUCUCGUUGGACAUGAUCGAUGCUCUGAACGAAUUCAAUGGCGACAAUCCCACCAACAAGCUCGAUUUGCGAGUUGGCAUCAAUACAGGGCCGGUGGUCGCUGGAGUGGUGGGGACGUCGCGAUUCUUGUAUGAUUUGUGGGGAGACUCUGUAAAUCUGGCUAGUCGGAUGGAAUCGACCGGUAUGCCUUCCAGAGUCCAAGUAACACGGACGGUAGUCGAAUGUGUCUCCAAGGAGGACUUUGAAUUUGAAAGUCGAGGGAAGGUUAAAUGUAAAGGCAAAGGGCUGGUAGAGGCGUUCUUUCUCGAGAAGAGAGUCGGGAAAAAGAGCAACUUCUAUGUUGGGUACAUGUCAGACGAAGAAACCUCUCUGCCCCCGAUUAUCUCAGGGAUCUCCCCGUCAAACCUUGGCAAUGCCCGACGAAGAAGCACACACACUCUCCAAGGUGCCCUGUUGGCGUUACAGACUUCGUUGGCUCAAAUGGACGCGUUGAAUGCGUCCUUCUCGACUGGUUGGUCGGCCGGUUCGACUGGCGGACUCAAUCGACGAGGCAGCACCAACAUGAGUGUUAUCAGUUCCAUCAGCGAGAAGGAAAUGGAGGAUGCCAGCAAUCCAGAUCUCUGA